UCCCAACAUCAUCAACAACAAAGGUCAAACAUUUCCCAAAUCUCAAUAAAAAAAAAAAUCCCAUACCUCUCAGCUCAACCCUUUCUCCUUCCCUCUACAAUGGCGGCCACUAACACCAACAGGAAACCGAGUAUUGUAUUUGUAUUCCUUCUCUUCCUAUAACCCUGACUUUGUCCCUAGCUUUGACAUUUUACCCAUUACCAAAACAAAAACUGCAGCUUUAUCAGUCAUCUUUACAUUUAAAGUUUAAACCUCUAUCUCUCUCUUCUCUUUAUAUAUUUGUUUUCUCUUGGUUUUUGUGUUCCAUUUUCACUUUUUUUUAAAGACCCUCCCUUUUUUUUCUCUCUCUGUCUUUCCCAUUCUGAAGAACAAUUCUGUAAAAGAUAGCAACUUGACAUAAGAAUCAACUUCAAGAUCCAGUUUUUAACUUUGGGUUUUUGUUUUUAAGUUCUGAAGACUUUAUUUUGAGCCAAAAUGGGUAGUAAAUGGAGAAAAGCAAAGUUGGCUUUGGGCUUGAAUCUUUGUGCUUAUUUGCCUAGAACUUUAGAUGAUGACGAUAAUGGUUAUUCUUCACUUCCUUCUACUGAGAGGUUAUCUGAUGCUGCUUUGUUAUCUCCUUUAAGCUCGGUAAACAUGGCAGCUUCUGGGCCAAUGACUCCUUUGCCUUCUGCAAAUGGUUUAAGGUUGUCUAAAAGUUUGUCUAGAAGUGCAAGCAAAUCAUCCAAGCAAACAUGUUCAAUAUGUUUGACGAAGAUGAAACAAGGAGGUGGCCAUGCAAUUUUCACGGCCGAGUGCUCUCAUUCUUUCCACUUCCAUUGCAUUGCUUCAAAUGUGAAGCAUGGUAAUCAAAUUUGUCCGGUUUGUAGAGCAAAAUGGAAAGAAAUCCCCAUGCAGAGUCCUAGUUUGGAUCCUCCCCUUGGCAGGGUAGCUGUCAAUCCUGUUGGUUGGCCACAAAAUGAUGCUUUGAUGACCGUAGUCCGUCGAUUACCUCCACCUCGUAGAGAUUUAAGUCGGCGACAUGUUGUACCAUUAUUUCAGGCUCCUGAACCAGGCAUUUUCAAUGAUGAUGAAUCAUUGGAUUACCUACCUGUGGUUGCUGAGAGUACGAAUGCGUCAGAUAACUCAUCCCUUAGAACAAUAGAGAUCAAAACAUACCCUGAGGUUUUGGAGGCACCAAGGUCCAGUUCAUACGAUAAUUUCACGAUUCUUGUUCAUCUUAAAGCUGCUGCUACGGUUGCAAAUCAAAGUUCCAGCCGAAAUCAUGCUAGCUUGCCACAACCGUAUCAAAACCCUCGUGCUCCUGUUGACCUAGUCACUGUGCUUGAUAUCAGUGGUAGCAUGGCUGGCACCAAGCUUGCAUUGUUAAAGCGGGCAAUGGGGUUUGUAAUACAAAACCUUGGCUCCAAUGAUAGGCUUUCAGUCAUUGCCUUCUCUUCAACAGCUCGUCGCCUCUUCCCCCUUCGUCGAAUGUCUGACGUGGGGCGGCAGCAGGCACUCCAUGCUGUUAACUCUCUGGUUGCAAAUGGUGGUACCAACAUAGCUGAAGGCCUGAAGAAAGGUGCCAAGGUAAUGGAAGACAGGAGGGAAAAGAAUCCAGUUGCCAGCAUAAUACUUUUCUCGGAUGGGCAAGAUACUUAUACUGUCACUGGUGCCGGUGCAAACAAGUCUCAACCAAAUUACCAGUUGCUUGUCCCUCUGUCUAUGCAUGGGAGUGGCAACACAGGAUUCCAGAUUCCAGUACAUGCUUUUGGUUUUGGUGCAGAUCAUGAUGCUUCAUCAAUGCAUUCAAUUUCAGAGAUCUCGGGAGGGACAUUUUCUUUUAUCGAAACUGAAGCCGUACUCCAGGAUGCAUUUGCGCAAUGCAUUGGUGGUCUUUUAAGUGUUGUAGUUCAAGAGCUGCAAGUGGGUGUGGAGUGCAUGAAUCCAAGUCUUUGCCUUGGUCUGCUUAAAGCAGGCAGUUAUCCAAGCCGAGUAGCAGCUGAUGGAAAAACUGGAGUUAUCGAGGUUGGAGAUCUCUAUGCUGAUGAAGAGAGGGAUUUUUUGGUGUCGGUUAAAGUACCAGCCGAGUCUUCUGAAUGCGAAACCUCGUUGCUAAAGGUGAAAUGUGUUUAUAGGGAUCCCUUAACUAAAGAAAUGACCACUUUGGAGAGUGACGAUGUUAGGAUUCGAAGGCCUGAAGUCGCUGGGCAGGAAGUAGUGUCAAUUGAAGUAGACAGGCAACGCAACAGGUUCCAAGCAGCUGAGGCAAUGGCAGAGGCGAGAAUGACAGCUGAACUAGGAGAUCUACCAGGUGCUGUUUCAAUCCUUGAAAAUUGUAGAAGGGUGCUGUCCGAGACUGUUUCAGCCAAAUCUCAUGACCGACUUUGUAUUGUGUUGGAUGCUGAACUCAAGGAGAUGCAAGAGAGGAUGGCAAGCAGACAUGUGUAUGAGGCAUCUGGGAGAGCAUAUAUCCUCUCAGGACUGAGCUCACACUCGUGGCAAAGAGCUACCGCAAGAGGUGACUCCACUGACGGUUCAAGUCUGGUUCAAGCUUAUCAAACUCCAUCAAUGGUUGAGAUGCUUACUCGAUCUCAAGCAAUGUUACUAGGUAGUCCAUCAACUCAAAGGCUUGUACAACCAGUAUGGUCACUUGGAUCACAACCAAAGCCAAGGUAAUAGUUUCCCGUAGCUGUUUUCCCUGUAUUUUGCGAAAUUUUGUUUGGGGAGGUGAUUUUGUGGAAGGAUUAAGAGUAUUACAUGUGUAAAUGAAUAAAAAAUAUAUGGGAAGAAGGCGAAAGAACACAUUUUGGGAGUAAAAAAGGAGAAUAGGUAGGGUUUACACCAUUUUGUAUUUUUGUUUGUGUUGUUGGGGGGGUGUAUAUAAAGAGAAAUGGCUUUUUCUCUCUGGGAAAAUCUGGGGUUAUGUGUUUGUUUUUUGUUGAAACGAUUGUGGUGAGCUUUCACCUAAUAUAUAAUUACCUGCAUCAGUUUAUUUUAGCAAA